AAAGAAUACACAAGGCUAUAGGAGAAAUGAUCGUUCUUGAUAACCAACCUUUUUCUGUUGUGGAGAAUAAAGGAUUCAACAGUUUGUUUGCUCCUUUAACGAAAGUAUAGUAUACACCCAGUCGGCCAUAUUUCAGCAAAACUGUCAUUCCUGAGAUAUACGAAAAGUGUCAAAGUAGAGUAGGUGAAAUGUUAGCAGAUGCAAGAUUUAUUUCUUUCACAACAGACAUGUAGACUUCUGAUAUGAACAAUAAGAGCUUUAUAAGUUCAACUGGACAUUGGAUUUCCAGAAAUUUUGAACAAAAACAUUAUGUGCUAAGUAUUCGUGGCAGUCAUACUGAUGGUCAAACACGUUGGAAUUCCACGUAUUAUCUAUUAGAAAGAAUUAUCGAGCAGCGAAGGGCCAUUAACUUGCUUGCCACGGAAGUUGAUGCGGUUCCCUCUUUGACACAGUCAGUGGGAUUCGUUGGAAAAGCUUUUACGGCUUUUACAACCAAUUGAGCAAACUACCAAACAUUUUAGCAGAAAAUUAUGUAUAAUAUCACAAGUGAUUCCUACAGUUUUGUCAUUAAGAAGGUUUUUAAUGGAAAUUAAGAUUUCUGGACUAGAAAAUCUACAGCAAAGUUUGCUAGAAGAUUUGACUAAACGUUUUUGUGAAAUUGAG